AUGAGGUUCUCAUCAUGGCUGAGUCCAUCAGCUAGGAAUUCGCCAUCUAUAAUAGCCUUCUCUUCUCUAUUGACCUUGACGCCGUUAACGCAUGCGAUCACUUUCCAACCGGCUCCUUCCGCCAACCUCGAUCUUUCGAACUUAGGACGUGUAGGACUGGGUGGAGAUUUUGAUGGUAUUUCCUUAUAUAAAUACGCUGGUCAAAAUGAAGAUGGCUACAAUACUACGACCCAAUCCGUCAUGGUACGCUUUCCAACCGGUGAAUUCGAUUCCUUGGCAUCGGCCGACGCUUCAAUCGCAGCCAUGUGUCCGUACGUUAAAUCGGAUGGGACACUCGUGGGGGUAGUAAUUGGAGGUAACUUUACGAGCUUAGGAAAUGUGGAAUCGCAAGGUAUUGCAUUAUUCAAUUCAAAUACAUCGGCAAUCACUGCACUCCCUGGAUUAUCAGGGUCAGUUUCGGCACUCUUAUGCGACGAGAAGACAAAUGCAGUCUACAUUGGGGGUUAUUUCGAUUCGACAAAUUCUUCAAAUGUAAUCAAGUUGGUGGACAAUACCUUGGUCGCCCUACCUUUCUCUGGAUUUAACGGUCGGGUCAAUUCGAUCUCGAAGGCGUCGAACGGAAAUAUCAUCUUUGGGGGAACGUUCACAGGACUUGGAAAUUCUACUGCAACAAUUACCAGCAAACCUAGUAAUGCAACUGAUCAGCAAAUUGUCAAUAUUUCUGGCGCCAACAUCACAAGCAGUGGCACAGCCACCACUACAGGCUUUGACGAUCCAACAAACAUUGUUUGCAAGACUAAUGGCAUUGAUGGCUCUGGAAAUACUUGGUUAUUGAAAGAUGAUACUGCUGGGUGGUGGAAAGCUACGUUUGGUUUUGGCUUUCAGCCUACCAAGUUGAGAUUAUGGAAUACCCACCAAGACGGACGGGGUACCAAAACGUGGAGAUAUACGGCUCAGCCAAUCAAUGGUAUCAUGAACUUUACUUACAUCGAUCCAGCUACAGGUGCUAACGCAACAUGCACAUCGGAAUGCCCUUUGAGCAACAAUGCUAGUAUUCCAUACCAGGACUUUCACUUUGUGAAUUCAGUUGGCAUGGAUGCCUUUCAGAUUGAUGUCUCUGCUUGGUACGGCAGUGGAGGUGGCCUGAAUGGCAUUGAGUUGUUCCAGGAUGAUAUUUUUUCCUAUGCUAUUAACGAUUUCAAUGAGCCUACCUGUGCUUCUUUAUCAACUGCUUCAAACACAACAUCGACCGGUCCUUGGACCAUCAGUCCCUCAUUUCAAAGUGAUGCAGAGUACCUCACAGGAAAAUUUACAGCAGAUACAGCAAGCUCAGCUUCCGUGGUAUUCUACCCUGAUAUCAGAGAGUCGGGCAACUAUACAGUGAAAAUGUACACCCCUGGAUGUAUUCAGGAUAGUACAUGUACCAGCAGAGGCUCUGUUGUUGUAAAUGGAAGUGUGGCUAGUGGCGCUUCUAGUACUUCCGCAACCUUCGGCUCGCCCAUUACCCUCUUCCAAUCUAAUGACUACGACAAGUAUGAUCAAGUAUACUCUGGUUACAUCGAAGCUGCUAGUGAUACCUUCCGUCCUUCAAUCACCCUUACUCCAAGUGGUCAGAUCCCUGGAAAUUCCGAGAAUUUUACCAUUGUAGCUCAACGAGUUGGAUUCAUCUUGAACAAUGCAACUAGCACAGGAUUAAAUGGUCUUUUCGAAUUCGAUCCAAGCCAGAGUGUCAUCAACACUUCCGAUUUCCAGAAUAAUACGAUCGAUCAAGCUGGUAUGAAACUCAAUACCGGUGCUGAGGUCAACGUUGUUGUAACUUCUGGCGACACGACUUUCGUUGGUGGCAAUUUCUCCGCCACAGGAUACGAAAACGUAUUCUCAAUUUCAGACUCGGGUCCUAGCUCAUUAGAUUCCAGAGGAUUAAACGGGAAGGUCCUUACUAUGCUCCUUGAAGACUCAACCCUAUAUGUUGCAGGAAACUUCAGCGGUAAUUCUGGCUCAACGACUACUGCAGGUUUGAACAAUAUCGCCGCUUAUGAUAUCACGCAGAAUAAAUGGAGUGCACUAGGAGCCGGUGUCAUGGAAAGCAAUUCUUCAGUUUCUGUUUCUGGUUUCGCCAUUUGGGUACCGUCACACGACAAUUGGUUACAAAACCUUAAUAUUGCGGCAAUGUCUAUUAACGGUCAACUCACCGCUGCGGUAAAUGCUUCCGGCGACGCCAUCUUUGCGGGUUCGCUCUCAUCCUCGCAACUCGGCGCCAACGGAGUAGUUUCUCUCGCAUCAGGACUAAGCCCAUUCCCCGUCAAGAUUCAAGCUACCCAAGCACAGUCUACAUCAACCUUGUCGAAAAGAAAUACUGCUAGUCAAAAUGUAAGUGGUGUUGUAACUGGGCUCUUUUACGAGAAUGGCUCGCGCAAGAUUACCAUUCUCGGUGGUCAUUUCACCGCAACUUCUACCAAUGGUACCGACGUUAAUAACCUCGUCUUUAUUGAUGGCGCAAAUGACAACACUGUCACUGGACUCGGAUCUCAAAUUGACGCGGAUUCUACCUUCCGUGCACUGGCUAUACAAAAUGACAUUUUGUAUGCUGGGGGCUCUGUUACUGGGACUGUUAAUGGAGGACAAAUCAAUGGGCUUAUCUCAUACAAUCUUAAGACUUCAACGUUCUCAUCACAAACACCAGCUCUCGGCGGAAAUUCAGUUGCUGUCAAUGACAUCGCGGUGAGGAGGAAAACUGGUGAUUUAUAUGUUGGUGGAAGUUUUACUCGAGCCGGAUCAUUAGAUUGCCCAGGUGUUUGCCUAUUUACAGCGUCUGCAUCCCAAUGGAAUCGACCAGGAACAAAUCUUGAAGGUACUGUCAAUACUAUGCUCUGGGCUAGUGAUACCUCUCUUAUUGUAGGCGGGUCAUUAUCAGUCGACGGCGCCAAUGUAUCCGUAGCGACUUACGAUACCAAGGCUCAAACGUGGACCACCGCUACUGGCGCAGACAACAUUCCAGGAACAGUAACAUCUCUUGUCCCAGCCACUAGUGACAUUUCAAAGUAUUGGGUGGCUGGUACUGCAAAAAAUGGCUCAGCUUUCGUUAUGAAAUAUGACGGUACAAACUGGCUCUCGGUUGGGGAUGUAUUUGAAAGUGGUUCAGUCAUUCGUGGUCUUCAAAUGAUGCCUCUUUCAUCAAACCAUGACAACUCUAAUCUUGUUCCUUCCAAUCAGGUUUUGAUGCUUACAGGUGCCAUGGUCUUACCAACCUUUGGUAAUGUCUCGGCAGUUCUCUUCAAUGGAACCACCUUUCAACCUUUUGCUCUCACAAGCAGUACCUCAAAUACCGGAGGUAGUCUGUCACAUAUUUUCUCACAAGAGAAUAACUUCUUCAAACCAUCAGGCGGUCACCUUGCAGUUGGCUUGGUCGUACUUAUCGCUUUAGCUAUCUCUCUCGCAUUAAUAUUCCUUAUAGUUGUUGCAGGUGUACUUGCAGAACGUAUCAGAAGAAAACGUGAGGGUUACAUGCCUGCACCAACAAAUAGUUACGACCGAAAUAAUGGAAUGUCAAGAAUUCCUCCACAACAACUAUUCAGUUCACUUGGUCAAGGUCGAACCGCAGCCGAAAAAGCACCCAUGAUUUGA